CUAAACCUGCACUUGAAACUGGCCUUGCAAAUAACCCUCUAAAAAUAAGUCAGAUAUACGUUUUCCUCCACAACUCUAAAAUAAUUAUAACAAUAUAUAAAUUGAAAGAAACUAAUUUCUCCAUCCUUCACACACUGACAUUUUAGCUCAGGCAGUGGCUUUUCUCAUGUGAGUAGAAUUUGGCUCUUCAAUUGACUCCUUAAAUUCUUUGUUUCGUUAAAUUCUUUGGCUCCUUAAAUUCAUUGUCCUUCUUGUUAGGGAGCAUUGUGGACGUCAUCCUGUCUUUCCUGGAAUGUAACACAAGGGUGAGAUUGGGUAGAAAAAGAUGAUACUCACGCCAAUGCCACUUGGCAAUCCUUCCUUAAAAGUAAAGCAAGUCACGCUCAUGUAAUGCACUUUAGCCAUGUCCCCACGUCAGCAGGGAAAGGAUGGUGUGAGUACUGUGUUUCCAUGCAGCACAAGUGCUGCUCUCUUUCUUGACUGGUUCCUGGAUCUCUGUGUCUGAGAUGCGUGGGCCGUGUACACAUUUGUGAUGUGUGCUUCUCCAGUUUGGCCAGCAAGAGAGAUGCUUAGACAGAGUGCUAUCACCUCCAGAGGACAGAAAAAAAAAGUGCACAAUUAGAUAUAACUGUGGUUUAGAAAAGGUGGGUUGGCUGUCUCCUGGAGAUUUCCUCAAAGCUCUAGAAGCACUCAUGAUACUGGGAACGAUGGUAACUAUAAAGCACUCUGAACUUCUGUUUGCCUGGAUUCUAAGGUAAAUGAACAACGACUCUGUCCCUAGACAAACUUAAAUACGGUCUGCCAAUUUUAUUCCAUCAUUUUUCUUCCCACUUCCUGUAGAUAUUCCAUGAGACUAGGGUGCAGUCAUGACAUGAUUUUUCAUGGGUUUAGUUCCAUGGUUUUAGAAAGCCUUCAGUCUCCUUUUUCCAUUUCUCAUUUCCUGUAAGAGCUGUGUUGGAGCAUUGUAUUACCUAUUCCCCUGAAGAAGGACUUAUACCUUAGCAAGAGAAACAGGUUGCUAGAACAUUGGUGGUAUGGCAGUGAACAUUUGGAAAAGCUCACGCAGCUUUCACUGCAGUCAUAUGCUGAAUCACGGCCACGCAGGACACGCUUUCCUGUAAAGGUGACAUGGGAAGAACACCCGAGCGCUAUUCCAGCCAUAAACAGCCUGCUGCUGUUGAGAGAGUCCUUGUAGCCGUAUAGUUUGCAGGCAAGCUCUGAGCACGCCGGCGUUUGUGCAAGGCUGCGAGUCGGCGGCCAGGAGCGCGUCCCGUCCCGGAGCAGUCCCGCCGCAGGCCGCAGGGUGGUGCUCGUGGCCAAGGCGGCGGCGAGCGGCUGCGAGCGGGGAGGCGGCCGAGCCCAGCGCAGCGCAGCGCAGCGCAGCCGGGAGGCGGCGGCGAGCGGUCGUCCGCGGCGUCCUCCGCAGCAGCCGCUGCCGGUCCCGGAGUGCCGCGCUGCGGGCCGCCAGCCGAGCUCGGCGAGAGGGAGAGAGGGAGGCCGCGAGGGAGGGCGCCCGCCCUUGGCGCCGCGCUGCUGCCGGGCGCCGCUUCCCGCGGAGGACUGCGGCAGACGGAGGGUGUCCGCCGCCCCGCCAUGGCGUCUGCAAGGCAAGUGCUUUGUCUGUGUGCUUUGCUGUGCGUGCCGCGCGUUCGCUGCGAGCCCAUCCGCUACUCCGUAGCCGAGGAGGGGGAGAGCGGCUCCGUGGUGGCCAACGUGGCGGAGGACGCGGGGCUGACGCCGGCGCAGCUGUCGGCUCGCCGGGCACGCAUUGCCUCCGCGGACGGCCGGCAGCAUUUUCGCUUAGAGCGCGCCACCGGCCGCCUCGUCCUGGCGGAGCGGCUCGAUCGCGAGGAGAUGUGCGGCCGCUCGCUUACCUGCACGCUCGCCUUCGAGCUCCUGCUGGAAAACCCGCUGCAGUUCUUUCGUGUCGAGGUGGCCGUGGAGGACGUCAACGACCACUCGCCGGUCUUUCCCGAGGAACGAGUCACUUUUCAGAUCCCGGAAAGGGGAGACCCUGGCUCGCGUUUCCCCGUGGAGGCGGCUCAGGACCUGGACGUUGGCAGCAACAGCAUCCAGGCUUACACCAUCGCUCCCGAGAACGAGUACUUCAGUGUUUCUAUUCGGAAACGGAGUGAGGUUGACAUGCAUGUUGAACUGGUAUUGGAAAAGCCUCUCGACAGAGAGGAGCAGCCAGACCUGCUUUUCAGUCUCAUUGCCACAGACGGUGGCUCUCCACCUAGGAGCGGGACCACCCAAAUCCACAUCGUAGUUCUAGAUGUAAAUGACAAUGCUCCCACCUUUACUCAGGACGUGUAUGUUGCUCAGGAUUUGGAAAAUGCUCCAGCAGGCUCUGUGGUUCUCAGAGUUGUAGCCACCGAUCCAGACAUGGGAGUGAAUGGUGACAUCUCCUAUAGGUUCAGUAAUGUUCUUGAGGACAGCCAGUCCACAUUCACAAUUGAUAGUAUGAGUGGUGAAAUUCGUGUCACAAAACCCCUGGACUUUGAGACCACACAGAAACAUGAGCUCAGUGUGCGGGCAAUUGAUGGUGGAGGCCUCUCAGCACUUUGCAAGGUGUUGGUGGAGGUGGUGGAUGUGAACGACAAUGCACCGGAGGUGGUGGUUAGUUCCUACAGCAGCCCCCUCCCCGAGAACACAGAGCCUGGAACAGUGGUAGCUGUAUUUGCUGUGAGGGACCGGGAUUCUGGUGUGAAUGGGGAGAUCAGCUGUGCCCUUGAAGACCAGCUCUCCUUCUCCCUGAGGCCAGCCUAUAAGAAUUAUUUUGAGCUGGUGACCUUGAGCACAUUGGAUCGGGAGGAGACAGCUCAGUACCUUGUGGUCAUCACAGCAGCAGACGCAGGUUCUCCUCCUCUCACCACUACCCAGACCUUCACUGUGGACAUCUCCGAUGUCAAUGACAAUGCCCCUGUUUUCAACCAGACAUCGUACACCAUGUAUGUGCGAGAGAACAAUAUCCCUGGAGUGCUUGUUGGGGCUGUCAGUGCAGUGGACUCAGACGCAGGACUCAAUGCCAAGGUGAUCUAUUCCCUGAGGCCUGUAUAUCCUGCAGAGCGGGACCCCUGCUCCUGCAUCUCCGUGAACUCAGAGAACGGACAUGUGUUUGUGCUGCGUCCACUGGACUAUGAGCAGGUGAGGCAGCUUGAGGUGCUGGUGAGUGCCACCGAUGCGGGGUCCCCUCCCCUCAGCACCAACGUCACUGUCCGCCUCCUUGUCAUGGACGAGAACGACAAUGCCCCACUGGUGUUGCACCCUGCUCAGGAUAGCAGCCCGCCAUCCAGUGAGCUGGUUCCAGCGUCGGCUGAGGUGGGGGACCUGGUCACCAAAGUGGUGGCCGUUGAUGCGGACUCUGGUCAGAACUCAUGGCUUUCCUUCCACCUGCUGAGGGCCACAGACCUCGGGCUGUUUGCUGUGGGAAGCCAAAAUGGGGAGGUGCGUCUGAGGAGGCCAGUGACAGAGAGGGAUGCCGUGAAGCAGAAGCUCGAGGUGCUGGUGCGUGACAAUGGGCGGCCACCUCUGUCGGCCACUGCAGCACUGAACGUACUCUUGCUCAACGGCCUCUCACAGGAACACCUGCCACAGCAGGAGCUUGCUGUGCAGGAUGAAGACAGCUCCCUGACAAUCUAUUUAAUCUUUUCACUGGUCUUUGUCUCCCUCCUCUUCCUCACAUCUGUCGCAGCCUUUGUUGUUUGCAAGGUGUGCAAGAGAAAGGAGCUGAAAGGAGGGCACAUGCUGUAUGGCACGGGCAACAUGCAGAGUAGCCUGGCUGAUGGGGCUACUGCUGGGACCCUACCCCACGCCUAUUGCUACGAGAUCAACCUCACCACGGGGUCGGGCAACAGCGAGUUCAAGUUCCUGAAGCCCAUCCUCCCCAGCGUGCCACCACAGCACUCUGGCACAGGCAGAGGUGUUGCUGACACAGAGGAUUUCCCUCCCAUCCCUAACUCCAUGGGGGAUGCAGCCCUGGACAUCUCUGGUACACCAUCUGUUGGACACUUUAAUGGCCUUCCCUUUAACUAGGCCUGAGUCCACACAGUGAAAGGCUUCAUGCCUUGGAGCUGGAAGGGAUCUGGCUAAUGAUAUUCAGUCUUGUUUCCUGGAGAUUAAAUCUGCAUUUGUGAUUGGCUUCACAAGUGACCCUCUAAUACUAUGUUAGAUGUAUGUUUUUCUUCACCCCCAAAAAAAGAUUAGAAAUUAAGUAUAUAUAUGAGAGAACUAAGGCCUUUUUUCUCAGGCAAUGAUAUAUUCCAGGUCUGGUAUUGGUGCUUUGUGCGGAAUGUUUGAUUCAGUCUCUCUGCCUAAAUGCUUGUCAUUAGGAGAAAGCUUGACAAUCACCCUGUCUUAGUCUGUGAUCAAACACAAUGUUGAGGUUCUGCACGUGACAGUGCAGUAUAGCCCUCACCUCUUGUUUGCAGGGAAGAAAGGUGUUAGCCCUGUGUAUCACUGCAGUGCAAGUGCUUCUCUCUUUCUUUGCUGAGUCCUGGAUCUCUCUGUGUGAGUCAUGUCAGCAGCAUGUGGUUUUGAAGUGUGUGGUCUUCCACCUCAAUUGGCAUGAACCAUGUGUUUUACUGGGUUCUGCCAUCUCAUCUUCUCCAGGGCACAGCAAAUACAUGCCGAGCCAGACUUUGCAGUGGUCCAUGUGCUUGGGAGUGACACAGAAGUAUAGGAGGACUAAUGAUUCCAACAUAGACACUACUUAUACAUAGCUUUGACCCUGAUCAUUGUGUUUGGGUGGAUGGCAAGGCAUCUUGAUACAUUGCCUCAGAGGACAUUUGUCUACAAGGCAGAAGAAAGAUAGACUUUAAAAAGGAAUAACCUUUUUUUGUGUCAUUGUUUUCAUUGUUGCUUGAAGGUGUUCCUCAAUGAAAGGGAAGUGCUAUCAUGGUCUGGUUUUCCAGGUUUUUGUUAGAAUGCUUGCAUCUUCCUUUUUUUCCCUUUCUCCUUUGGCUGUGUAUUUAAACAUUGUCUUAUGAAUUCCCCUUAAGAAGGACUGACAUCCAACAUAGAACAAUCUCUCUUUGGAAAGAAGGUGUUCUGAGACUGGAUACAUAAACACCCUCAUGUUCUGUUGUGCUGCAUUGUAUACUGUACCAUUUUUAAGCUGGUAUACCCUGGUCUGUACAAGUGAAAUGGAAUGAAUGCCCAAGUGCCAUUCUGGCAAUAAAAACAAUGUUGUUGUCCUGGG